AUGGCCAAGCGCCAGCGCACUCCGACAGCGCACCAGCACCCGCACGCCCCACCCUCGCGCACCCAGGCCCUCGUCGUCGCCGGCUCGAGCCUGUUCCUCAGCACCGGGCUCGCGACCCUCACGUGGGUGUGGACGGCCGCCCUCGAGCGCGAGCUCGCGUCCGACAACGACGCCGCCGUCGACAUGGACGGCAUGGUCGUCGUCGCAUGGUGGGCCGGCGACGCGGCCGUCAAGUGGGCCCUCCUCAGCGCGGGAGGCUCGCUGUGCGGCACCCUCGGCUUGCUCCUCCGACAGAGCAGCCUGCACCGGGUGUUUGCCGUCACGACCGCCACCGACCUCCUCGUCACCAUCCUCUUCACCCUCGCGCUAGCGUCCCUCACCCUUUCGCCCUCCCUGUCCGGCCCGUUCGGCUCGUUCCUGUGCUCGUCGACGUUCGCCUCGGACUGGACGUCCACUCGGAGCAACCAGGCGGCGUCGCCCUGGGCCGGCGGCAUCGACCUCCUGUUCUGGGGCGUCGAGGCGUGCGACGAGACGUGGCAGACGGCCAUGCUCAGCGUCCUCGCCGGGUGCGUCGUCGCCGUCGUCCUGCGCGCGUUCGGCACGUGGGUCACGUGGGAGUGCAACUCGGACAUGCGCGAGAAGGAGCUGCGCGACCGCGGCGAGGCGUGGGUCGACGAGCAGGACGGCGGCGCGCGCAUGAUGCGCCAGGUCGACGAGGCGGUUCGCGGUGCGGGCGACCACAAGACGCCGCUCGCGCUCGAGGAGACGCUCGGCCGCCCGAGGUCGUACUCGCACUCGGCGUCGGCGGCGGCCUCGUCGUCGCGACGGAGCCAGACGUUGCCGCUCCCGUACGGCCUCGACUCGGCCAAGCGCAUCCGCUCGCAGUCGAUGUCGUACAGCCACGCGUCGAGCAGUCGAGCCGGCGGAGCCGCAGGGCGGCAUCCGCAGCUCGUUCUCGUCCCCGUCAUGCUCGACGAGCGCGGCAACCCGGUCUUCCAGCCCUCGUCGCCGACCUUCACCCUCCCGCCGUACUCGUGCUCGCCGCCCCGCACCCGCCAGGCGUCGUCCCUCAGCCACUCGUCGUCCAACUCGCCGUCGUCGUCACGUUCGUCGAGCCGUUCGUCGACCAAGCGGCCCCGGAUCCGCUCGUCGUCGUCGUCGUCGGGCUCGUCCUCGCUCGCCUCGCCCCUGUCGGCCGUCUUUGUCGACGAGCCCGUCGAGCUGUCGCCGCCGUGUACGCCCACGGGCCAGAGCUCGUCGACCAUGAUGAGCGCCGACGACAAGACGAGCCGCCGGUUGCGGUCGAGGGCCGAGGACGUCGGGCUCAUGUCGCCGCCUCCCCUGUGAAC